GGGCGGAGCGGGCCGGCCGGGGGCGGAGCUGAGGGGCUGCUUCGGCACGGGGGGCCGUUGGCUCCAGACAAAUAAAUAUGGAGUCCAUCUUCCACGAGAAACAAGAAGGCUCCCUUUGUGCUCAGCAUUGCCUGAAUAAUCUAUUGCAAGGAGAAUAUUUUAGCCCUGUGGAGUUAUCUUCAAUCGCCCAUCAGCUGGAUGAGGAAGAGAGGAUAAGAAUGGCAGAAGGUGGAGUAACCAGUGAAGACUAUCGCUCCUUUCUACAGCAGCCUUCUGGAAACAUGGAUGACAGUGGCUUUUUCUCCAUUCAAGUUAUAAGCAAUGCCUUGAAAGUCUGGGGUUUAGAACUAAUCCUGUUCAACAGUCCAGAGUAUCAGAGGCUCAGGAUUGAUCCUAUAAAUGAAAGAUCAUUUAUAUGCAAUUAUAAAGAACACUGGUUUACAGUUAGAAAAUUAGGAAAACAGUGGUUUAACUUGAAUUCUCUCUUGACGGGUCCAGAACUAAUAUCAGAUACAUACCUUGCACUUUUCUUGGCUCAAUUACAACAGGAAGGUUAUUCUAUAUUUGUUGUUAAGGGUGAUCUCCCAGAUUGUGAAGCUGACCAACUUUUGCAGAUGAUCAGAGUCCAGCAGAUGCAUAGACCAAAACUUAUUGGUGAAGAAUUAGCCCAACUGAAAGAACAGAGAGUCCUUCAAACAGAUCUUGAACGAGUCUUAGAAGGAAGCGAUGGGUCAGGAAUGUUGGAUGAAGAUGAGGAGGGCCUGCAGAGAGCACUGACACUAAGUCGCCAGGAAAUAGACCUGGAGGAUGAAGAAGCAGAUCUGCGAAGGGCUAUUCAGCUUAGUAUGCAAGGUAGUUCCAGAAAUGUUUGUCAAGAUACUCCACAAUCAUCAAGUACAAAUCUUACUUCAGAAGAGCUGCGGAAGAAGAGAGAGGCCUACUUUGAAAAGCACCAGCAGCAACAGCAGCAGCAGCAGCAGCAGGUAGACCCACCAGGACAUGUUUCAUAUCCAUGUGAAAGACCAACAACAAGUUCCGAAAGACUUGGGAGUGAUCUAGCAGGUGAUGUCAUGAGUGAAGAAGACAUGCUUCAGGCAGCUGUGACCAUGUCUUUAGAGACUGUGCAAAACAAUUUAAAAACAGAAAGAAAACAGUGAUCCCUUUACAAAUCAUUUCCAUAUUCAUACUUCCUAACAUUGUCCUGCGUGAUUACAGCAUAGGGUCCAUUUUGGUCAUGUGUCAGAGGUACCAGUGUUCACCAGAGGAAGGGAGACACUUAGGUAGUAUGCAGACAAAAUGAUGAGAGAGUGAAAAUAUGGGCCAGGUGCAGACUUGAUUAUGAUCCUCCAGACACUAGCCAAAGAGGCAUUCAGCAAUUAAAGAAAUGUAAAAUAGUUUUUCUAAAUGUACCUUUUUGGGUUUUUUUUUCAGUGUGCAAUAUCUAACACCUGAAUUAUUAGGGUUCCGUUUGCAAGCACACCAAUUAGCUCUUGCCACAGAACUUGUUCUAUACUGUUAUUUUCUUUUUCAUUCUGCUGUAAUUUGGCUCAUGUUAAUCAUCUAAUAAUUGCUUUAUUUUGCAUUAACCAAAUUGACCGUUUAGGAAAGUGUCUCUGUCAUCCAUCUUGAUACUAUUAAAUAGGGCUCCAGAAAGAUCAGCCUUUCUUCCUCUAAUUACAUGUAGUGUGCAUUUGGAUGUUUUCUUUUGUUACUGUCUCUGAUCACGACGUCUCUGCUAUCUGGUUUUCACAUUAAUUUUUUCGUCUUUUUUUUUUUUUUUACAAUUCUUUUGAAAUCUUUUCUGAGCAUCUGCUUUUAAGUCUUCUACAGUGGGAUCAUUAUUUCAUGAGUUCGGUGCAUUCCUAAACUCUGAAAUCAGCUUUGCACACGUAUUUGAGAAUAAACAAGCUUUUUAUUUUGUUUUGCUUUGAAAUGUGUGAGCAAGUGCUUUCUCCUAUGCCUUCUAGAUCUCUUUUCAUUAUAUCACAAUCUCUGAGCUUCAUUGUAACCCUUCUUCUUGCACCUUAUUUCUUCUCCAAUUGAGAAAGGUAGGCAAAGAAUAGUACACAGCAGAUCAACUUCUAAGACUUAGCGCAUGCACCCACCAUGAAUAUAUGAUAUGUGAAAUUCCGCCCUUAAGCUUAGGUUAGCAGUAGGUUCAUUUGAUCUAUUCUAUGACUGGAGCUUUGUGCUCUGUUUACAACUGGUUCCUGGAACGUAGAUAUCUGCUUCACAGUUUUUAGAGUGUAGUUAAACAAAGAUGGUGAUCUGGAACAUGAAAAUAAUUUACUAAUGAAAUUUAUAAUAUAAUUUGACACUUGCAUCAUGUCUGAAUAGCUUAAGAAUUGUAGAAGUCACAGUACUUAAUGAGCUUGUAAAUAGGAAAGUCCUUAAUUUUGAUAAACUUUCUUUUACGGGGAUACAAGUUUCUUGCUGGGUUAUUGCAGUGGCAUGAUUUGGGUGAAAAUUAACCAUGUCUGUCUGAAAUGGGUGUUUUAGAUUGUUACUUGCUCUCUAUCCCUUAUGCUCAACCCUUCUCGAGGCCCUUAUAAAUGCUGAAUUGUACAUAAACUAGAAUUCAAGAAGAAAUUGCAGCCAACUACAUAGAGAAGUACAAAUACAAUGUGUUAACGCCAACUACAUAAAGAAGUAUAAGUAUGGUGUGUUACCCCUAAUGGUGUGUGGCUGCACACAUUUUAUCAGGGAAAGUUUUUUGAUGUAGGAUUUAUUGCUAACUAAAAGAGAUGAAAAAAUAUUUUUAUUUAUGAUUAGGAAAAUAACUUUUUCUUGGAUAGAACAGAUAUUUUUAGUCAUGGUUUUGUGCCAAUUAAUUUUUUCUGAAGUUAUUCUCACAAAAUCAGACAUUAUUUUUUAAAAUCUAAGAUUUUCUUUCAACAAUUGAAAAUGUUUCAGAAGAACCAUGAAACUUUAAAACUGCUAGGGGUGAGUUCAGUGCCUCUCCCUAAGACUUGCAAAUAAAUGUGCUAUCAUUCAACAUUUGUGUCAUUAUCACGGUGAAUCAUAUUUUCUAUGGACAUUUGGCCUUUUACUUAUUCCCUUUGAAAAAUUACAUUAAACUUUCAUAUACUUGAUGAGCUACCUAGUAUAAAAGUGGAAAAGCCAAUAUGCAAUGCAGAGUUUUAAUUUUAGAGUUUUAUAAACUUUAUAUUAUACAUCUCAGUUAAAAAGGAAAGAAAAUUAUGUCAUAUUGAGAAAAUAUGGCUUGUUGACUUUUAUUAGAGGCUUUUGAAGCAGAGCUGAACAUACACUGGAUACAUUUGAAUGUGUUUAGUUUGUUUUUAAACUGUUACAUUUGACAGGCAGAUUUGGAAUCACCAUUGAUCUUCAUCUUGUUUGGCCUAAUUUAUCUGUUUAGAUUCAAUUCUUUUAAUUGAUUAGUCAAUAGAAACAAAUGCCAUUGCUUAUAAAUCUACUAUCAAGAAAAACUGUCCUGCUAAGAAGCAUGUAAAAAUUUCCAUUCUGUUUUACUAAUUGGGAACACUUUUAUGUUUAAUAUUUAAACUAUUGGUAUCAUUUUUCUAAUGUAUAAUUUGUCUUACCAGGAUUAAAUUUGUACAAUGAUGAUGUUAGGGUUACAAGAUUGAGCAACUUGGAAAAUACACUUCCAUGUUUUUGUAUGUCAUGGAUGUGAUGAAUAAUUUACAUU